AUGCAGCUCAAGAGCAUCCUCCUCUCGCUCGCGGCCGCUGCCACAUGCCAGGCGGCCGCGGUUGUCAACCACGAGAUCUGCGGCACCCCGCCUCCGAGUGAAGCCUAUCUCCAGGCCAUUCGAGAAUCCGCCGCCGAAGAGGCUGCGGCCGUGGCCAAUGCCAACGUGAAGAGAGACGUCCGGUACAUCAAGACCUACGUCCACAUCAUAGCCUCGGACAGUUCGCGCUCUGGCGGCAACAUUAACGACGACACCGUCGCCUCGCAGAUCAAGGUCCUGAACAGCGACUUCCAAUACUCCGGCUACCAGUUCACCCUGCAGAACAUCUCGCGCACCAUCGACAGCUCCUGGUCCGACAUCUGGUCCAACGCGGACCUACGCAGCCUGAAGCGCUCCCUCCGCAACGGCGACUACGCCGACCUCAACAUCUACUACUUCCGCCGCAUCACCGCGCCCAACCGCAACCACCUGACCGGGUUCUGCACGUACCCCGGCGUCAUCAGCACCUGGGACGACUUCUACAACGACGGCUGCUGCCUCGACGUCGAGACCACCCCCGGCGGCUCCUUCAAGCCCUACAACCUCGGCAAGAUCACCUCCCACGAGGUCGGCCACUGGUUCGGCCUCAUCCAUCCCUGGGGCAACAACAACACGGGCGGCUGCACCAACGGCAACGACUUGGUCGAUGACACGGCCCCUCAGGACUACGCCGUCUACGGCUGCAACGAGCAGUCGCAUACCUGCUCGUCGUCGCCGUACUACGACCCCGUCCACAACAUCAUGGGCUACAGCGACAACUCCUGCGUCAAUCAGUUCACCCAAGGCCAGUACGCCCGCAUGUACAGCCAGUUUGACAAGUACCGCACCGUCCACUGA